GGUACACGAGUAAUCUACAUUUAAACGUUUAAACUAUCUACGUUUUGCUUUUAACUUGGAGCAGCCCUGCAAGUGCAAAUUAAUCUCUCUGAAACUUUUUAGGGUUUGUUUUGUAUCUCAAAAUCAACUCUCUUUUGCUUCUGGGCUUGUUUGAAUUCUCCCGUUUAAUUAAUGGCAAAAAAGCGAAAGUCACAAGAAGAAGAGCCGAACCAUGAACCCAAAACCCUAAAAUCAUCCUCAUCUUCCGACGAAGAAUCAGAGUCAGAAGAAGCCGAUGAAGUAGAAGAACAGAAGGAAUCACCAUCAUCGUCGUCGUCAAUGGCAAAAAAGCGAAAGUCACAAGAAGAAGAGCCGAACCAUGAACCCAAAACCCUAAAAUCAUCCUCAUCUUCCGACGAAGAAUCAGAGUCAGAAGAAGCUGAUGAAGUAGAAGAACAGAAGGAAUCACCAUCAUCGUCGUCGUCGUCAUCAUCAGAGGAAGAAGAAUCAGAAGGAGAAGAAGACGACGAUGACGACGAAGAAGAAGAAGAAGAUGAUGAUGAUGAUGAGCACUCGAAGCUGGAGAACGUAAAGAAACUUUUAGAACCCUUCAGCAAGGACCAGCUUAUCGCGAUUCUCAAAGAAGCCACUCAAUCUAACCCUUCAAUUACCGCCGAAAUCAUCUCCUCCGCCGACUCGGACCCUGUCCACCGCAAGAUCUUCGUCCACGGCCUUGGCUGGGAUGCCACUAACGAAACUCUAAUGGCUGCUCUCAAACUCUUCGGCCCAAUCGAGGAAUGCAAUGUCGUCACAGAUAAAACCACCGGCCGUUCUAAAGGCUACGGCUUUGUCCUUUUCAAGACACGAGCCGCCGCGCGUAAGGCCUUGAAAGAGCCGCAAAAGAAGAUAGGAAACCGAAUGGCCGCCUGCCAGCUGGCGUCCACCGGACCUGUUCAGAAUCAAAACCAGCCGGGUUCUGAGGUGAGUGCUCGGAAGUUGUAUGUGGCGAAUGUGGGACCACAGAUUAGCCCGGAGAAGCUCAGUGCGUUUUUCACGAAAUUUGGGGAGAUUGAGGAUGGGCCAUUGGGGUUUGAUAAAAUGACAGGGAAGUUUAGAGGUUUUGCUAUAAUUGUGUACAAGACAUUGGAGGGAAUAAAGAAGGCUUUGGAGGAACCAGUGAAAAUUUUUGAUGGUGCUAAGUUGUUGUGCUCUAUUGCCGUUGAAGGCCGCAGUGCUAAGAAUAAUAAUAAUGCUUCAUCAGGUCCGACACCUGUGGCUACAGGUGUUAAUGCGGCGAUAAUGCCAGGUUUAACAGUGGGGUUCAAUCCUGGUGCUGUUUUGUUGGGGCAGAAUCCGGCUGCUUUGGGGGUUUUGAACCCUGUUUUGGGUGUUGGAGCAGGCGCAUUUGCUGGUGGGGUUACGCAGCCCUUGAAUAAUGUUGGGAAUGCAGCUGCAACGAUGGGAUUGAAUCCAGGGUUUGGUGUGCAACAGGGUAUUAAUGGUAUGAAUCCAAGUAUGAUGGGUGGUUAUGGUUCUCAGGCUACUUUCCAGGGAUUGGGAGCUUUUCAGAAUUCCCAAGUGGGUCAGCCUUCGGCAUCUGCAAUCGGAACUGCGGCAGCUAGGUCUCAAACUGGAAAUGCACCUUUUGUCGGGCGCUAGGUAACAGUUCAAACUCUGGCCUGUAAGGGUCUGUAAUGUGUAGGACUGUGAUUUUGAUCAAAGAGUCAGAAUAGUAUGUUGCCUCUUUGGUUUUGGGGGUCUUUGCAAAUUGCUCCUGUUUUACUUAAACCUGGAUUUUAGGUGGAUGUAAUGUUCUGACUACCAUGUGUACACUACCUUUUAAACUGAUAACUUUUUAUUACUUCUAUUGAAUUUAGCUUUAAUUUUCUCAAAAGUACAA